AAUAUAAAAUUGAAAAACCUGCUUUUGAACACAUGUCAAAAUUUUACAUAAUAUACCCGUAAUAUGUGUUUCUGCCACACAGAAACAGUAGGUUUUAGAAGUUAAGAAACGAUGUUUACUAUGGCGCGAAUUAUAAGCUCUACAACAUGCAGCAGGCUAUUGUAUGCACGGGAAGCACCUUAUAUCAGUCGACCUUAUAGAAUAUUAUGGACAAGCUUACCCAAAGAGAAUGGUCUAGUUAUUAAAGACCAUUUCCUUCUGAGAAACAAAAAUGUCAUCUACAAAUAUCCUUUCAAGUCCCACAGGCGGCAAUUCGCGGACAAACUGUAUGAAAAAGGCAAGGGAGAUGAACUUAACUAUUUUCUUAAGCUUGGCAGGGAGCAAUUUAUGAAGAUCAGAAAGGACAGGAUCAAAGAAAUUGCUGAUGAUAUCAAGAAAUUGGAAGAGGAGAUCCAAAAAAUGGAAAAGCAAAGCAGUCGCCAAGCUCAGAAAAAAAAGGAGCAUCUUGAAAAUGAAUUAAAGGCUCUACGGGAUAUGUUGGAUAGAUUUCAUAAGAGUUUCGAAAAAGAUAAUGAAUAAAAGAUCUCAGAUAA